GAAGGAGGAGGAGAAGAAGGAGGAGCUGGACCAGCAGGAGGCAGCGGCCGCGACCGGGCUGGGGUGAUGGUGCAGGUGCCCGGGGCCCGCGCGGAGCUGCCCGGCUGAGGGGCGCCUGGUCCCGGGUCCGCAGCGCCGCCGCGUCUUUCCCGGCGGCGGGCGGGCGGGCGGGCGGGAAGAUGCUGAGCAGGUUGAUGAGCGGCAGCAGCAGGAGCCUGGAGCGCGAGUACAGCUGCACCGUGCGGCUGCUGGACGACAGCGAGUACACCUGCACCAUCCAGAGAGAUGCCAAGGGCCAGUACCUGUUUGACCUUCUUUGCCACCACCUGAACCUUCUUGAGAAAGACUACUUUGGGAUCCGCUUUGUGGACCCAGACAAGCAGCGGCAUUGGUUGGAGUUUACAAAGUCUGUGGUGAAGCAAUUGAGAUCCCAGCCUCCAUUCACCAUGUGUUUCCGCGUGAAGUUUUACCCCGCAGAUCCUGCUGCCCUGAAAGAAGAGAUAACCAGGUACUUAGUCUUCCUACAGAUCAAAAGGGAUCUCUACCAUGGCCGCCUCCUCUGUAAAACAUCAGAUGCUGCCUUGUUAGCAGCUUACAUCCUUCAAGCGGAAAUUGGGGAUUAUGACCCAGGGAAACACCCUGAAGGCUACAGCUCCAAGUUCCAGUUUUUCCCAAAACAUUCAGAGAAGCUGGAAAGGAAAAUUGCUGAGAUUCACAAGACAGAACUCAGUGGUCAAACACCAGCAACAUCAGAGCUGAACUUUUUAAGAAAAGCACAGACGUUGGAGACAUAUGGAGUGGACCCUCACCCGUGUAAGGAUGUGUCAGGAAACGCUGCAUUUCUGGCCUUCACUCCUUUCGGGUUCGUUGUUCUGCAAGGAAACAAGAGGGUCCACUUCAUUAAAUGGAAUGAGGUGACCAAGCUGAAAUUUGAAGGAAAGACUUUCUAUUUAUACGUAAGUCAGAAAGAGGAAAAGAAAAUUAUUCUCACAUAUUUUGCUCCAACUCCAGAAGCCUGCAAGCACCUCUGGAAAUGUGGAAUCGAGAACCAAGCCUUCUACAAGCUGGAGAAGUCAAGCCAAGUCCGCACAGUGUCCAGCAGCAAUUUAUUCUUUAAAGGGAGCCGGUUCCGAUACAGUGGCCGAGUUGCAAAGGAAGUAAUGGAGUCAAGUGCGAAGAUCAAACGGGAGCCACCAGAAAUACACAGAGCAGGGAUGGUUCCCAGCCGCAGCUGUCCCUCCAUAACCCAUGGCCCAAGGCUGAGCAGUGUCCCCAGGACCCGCAGAAGAGCUGUUCACAUCUCCAUCAUGGAAGGCCUGGAGUCCCUACGGGACAGUGCCCAUUCCACCCCAGUGCGUUCUUCCUCCCAUGGGGACACCUUCCUGCCUCACGUGAGAAGCAGCCGGGCAGACAGCAACGAGCGAGUCGCUGUGAUUGCAGAUGAAGCCUACAGCCCUGCAGACAGUGUGUUGCCCACCCCUGUGGCCGAGCACAGCCUGGAGCUGAUGCUACUUUCCCGGCAGAUCAAUGGGGCUACCUGCAGCAUCGAAGAGGAGAAGGAGUCUGAGGCCAGCACUCCAACUGCUGCAGAGGUGGAGGCUCUUGGGGGAGAGCUGAGGGCCCUGUGUCAGGGGCACGGCAGGCCAGAGGAGGAACAGGUGAAUAAGUUUGUUUUAAGUGUCCUCCGUUUGCUCCUUGUGACCAUGGGACUCCUCUUUGUUUUGCUCCUCCUCCUGAUCAUCCUUACCGAGUCUGACCUUGACAUUGCCUUUUUCCGCGAUAUCCGCCAGACCCCCGAGUUUGAACAAUUCCACUAUCAAUACUUUUGUCCCCUCAGGCGAUGGUUUGCCUGCAAAAUCCGCUCAGUGGUGAGCCUGCUCAUUGACACCUGAGAAGGCAUGACUCCUCCCAAUAACUAGCCAGGUGGACCAAGGAGCCUGGCUACCCAUUCCCAGCAAUGGGACCCAUCGCGGAACCAUCGGCACAUGUACCAAGUCCUCCUCUCAUGACUCAAAGUCCACAGCCUAGGAGGGUCAUUUCCCAGAAGGAAAAAAGGACAGGCUCAUGCCCUGUCUAAACAAACUGGGAAAACUCAUUUCCUUCAGAGGUUCUUUCAAGAAAGGCUCAGCGACUCUGUUUCUCAUCCUCCCAAUUUGCAGGAUAAUUUUUGGUUUUGAAUUUUGAUUUUUCAUAGAUGUGUAUUAUUUUCAAAGUAUCAAAUAAAAAUUUAUUUUACUAUUACUGAUUAUCGCAGUAGUGUCACCUAGCAGAUGGGACACUAGCUGAAGACUGGAGAGCUGUUGUCUUCUGUAUUCUGCAGGAGCUUUCCUACUGGGCUCCAGGAGACUCAGCAGCACAGCCUCAGCAGGGCAAGCCAGGGGUCUGGACAAUGGGAACUAUCUAGGUUUUCUUGCCAGACAGAGAUUUUUAAAAAGUAAACAUCCAUGUAGAAUGAUUAAAUGGAAAGUUGCUUCUUAUGAUGGUCUGAGUUGGAUUUUCUUUUCCUUUUGUUUUUUUCAAAUCUGAGCAGAGUGGGCAUCUGAAGGGACCACCGCUACAGCAGCAGCAGGAGCAGGGGUAGGGUAAGUCUGUCCCCUUAGACUAGAUCCUAGUGGGCAUCACCAUGAGUUUUGUAUAAUGAACUUAUUAGACUUCUGUGAUUUUUUUUUUCCUGAAGAUUCUCCAGAUUUUUAUAGUGCUUCAGAGACAUUAGUUGAAUUCAGUGGUGCCAGAGACAGGACUGUCAGAAAUGUUGGACAAAGUGUAGUUAACAGAAGCCAGAGCCAAGGUACCUGAGAAACUGUUGAGAUUUGGAGAGCAGUACCUAUUUUGUACAACCCCCC